CAUUAUAUCAACGAUACUAAUUUAUUUGAUUUUGUAAUAUAUUUCCUAAAGAAGUAUUGAUUUCUAUCUUAGUGGAUUAAUCGUAAUUUUUUAAAUAAAUAACAAUGGAAUUUACUUAUGACAUCGACGAAGUUCCACCUGCGGAUCUACCCAGUGUGGAGUAUGAUGUACGUCAAGCAAAAAUGUUUCUUCAGAAACACAGUCCGGAGUCAGGAGACAGUCUAUACGAUCAUCUCACAGAAAUCUUGAAUAAGAUACUUAACGAACGUCCUAAUAAUGCUGUGGAUAUUUUUGAGGAGUAUAGUAGGAAGCUGAAAGAAGAGCGAUAUAAAAGUACAACAGAUAUUCUACGUGAUUUUUACGUACCACCAGUUCAAUAUGAGGAAGCCAAAAAAUUGAUAGAAUUGUUUAAGACGAUUCCGAUAUCGGAAGAGGAGAGGAUGGAAGAAAUCGAAUUGGAUGACGAUAAUAAGGAAGAGUCGAAGAGACCUAAUAUGAUGGAGUUUUUGUUUUAUUUCGAACAAGUGGACGUAGGUCUUCCACGUUCUGAAUUGGUACUUUUAAAUUUAAGCAUUCGAAAGCUCAUGGAUACUAAACCAAUUGAGAAUGUUAGAUUUUGGGGUAAAAUUCUUGGCAAUCCCAAAAAUUAUUAUGUUGUCGAAGCUGAACUUCAAGGGGAAGAGCUCGGUCGUAGGUUGGAGGAACUUGAGACUUUAGAACAAUUGAAGUUGGAGAAAGAUGCUGCAGAGUCCAAAGUAAUAGAUGAUAUUGCAGCAGAUGAAAGUUUGGAAGAAUUGGAAAAAGAUCCUAUGAAGGUGAACACCACAGAUGUAAGUUUAACAGCUGACCCCGUCGAGGAGCAAAAUUUCGAGAAUCAGGGUCUGAUUUUGAAAUUACCGGAAAUGCCCAAAUCUUUAUGGAAACAGCCACCGGAAGUGCCAGCAGAACAAAUCGGCACUGGUAUCAAUAAGAAGGUUUACUUGGUCUGCAAUUCUCCAGGGUUAGAUGAAUGGGUCGAAUUGCCAUCUGCUACGCCACAACAGAUAGUUGUAUCUCGACAGAUCGUCCGCUAUUGUACGGGAAAUCUGGAGACUCCGAUAUUCACGUUUCCGCCUUUUCCCGGAACUGAGAAGAAUUAUCUGCGCGCUCAGAUCGCGCGUAUCGGAGCCGCAACGCUUGUUUCGCCAAUUGGUUACUUCACGUUUGGCGGUGGCGAGGACGAAGAAGAGGAAUUGAUGGGGGAGGAGCAAGAGGAGGAACUGGGUGCUAAAAUAUCGGUGAAUUCACAUUAUGAUCCACUACCAAUAAAAGAUCUAAUAGAUCCAUCUAUGACCAAUUGGUGUCAUCAUUCACAAUAUAUUCUUAAACAAGGACGUACGAUUUGGUGGAAUCCAGAGAAAACGGAAAUUGCAGAUGAGGAAGCACUUGAGGAAGAGGAAGAGGAAGAAAUAGAGGAAGAAGAUCAAGAUAAGCUGAUUCCAGACAAGGAACAAGGACCCCCUUUGCUUACUCCACUAUCAGAAGACGCAUUCUUGGAAAGUAUUCCACCGUGGACAGUAAGGCAAUCGUCCCGAAUUCAACCGGACAUUGCAGUUGCAAUUGUGCGAUCAAAUAUUUGGCCAGGCGCCUAUACCUUCGCUACCGGCAAAAAAUUCGCUAAUGUAUACAUCGGUUGGGGUCACAAAUGUACUGCUUACAAUUAUAGUCCGCCUAUGAUGCCUCUUGUAGAAGAUCAGUACAAAAUUGGCCCUGAAGUCAUGGAAAUUGCGGAUCCUACUUUUGAAGAGGAAGAGGCAUAUCGUAUUGCUCAUCUGCCAAUUCCUAAAGUUUCGUCCAUAGGGGAAGAGGAAGAAGAAUCUGAAGAGGAAGACGAUGAGGAUGAUGAGGAUGAUGAAGAUGAUUGA